AUGAAAGAUGGAGGAUUCGAGGAUGCGGCGGUGAUGCGCCUUGAAACGGUAAUGAGGGCGAAACGGAGGCGGAGUAAUCUUUCAUUUACAACUAAAUCUGAAAAUAUGGUAUUGUGUAGAAAUAAAAAGUUCCUAAUUUUAAUGAAAAUCGAGACACCCACGAUCUCUGUUGCUAUCACCAAGGCAGAGCGGGAAAAAAAAGAUGGCUCGCCUGCCUUGAUUAAGGAGGAGAGUCAUAAAAGUAAAAAGUAUCAUGAUCCUAUCAUUAAGAAGGAGGCUGAGGAGGGUGACAAUGAUAGUGGCAAUGAUAACGAUAAUGGUGACAUUACAGAUGGACCUCCAGAUGAAGAGGAGGGGGAACUUGUUUCCGAUGCCAUUGCUAAAGAGUACGUGUAUUCGUCUUGCUUACCAUAG